AUGCCCGCCUUCGCAGGCAUCCCCAUAGGACUUAUUCGUCGGCUCUGGCUGCCAGGCGUUGCCACUACAUCCGCAGCUGUUCUCAUCUAUAGCUAUCGUCCCCGUGAUUUCACUGGCCAUACAUCACCCGCAGUUCCGCCUCCAGCCUUUGGUGCUGAUGGCACUUUCAAGCUUCCUCGUUUUCCUCAAGCCAGAACACGCGAAGAGCAGCUAGACCAACUCCGAGGGAGCUCACGGCCUCAAGUCCAGCAAUAUGACAUACUUGUCAUUGGGGGUGGUGCCACUGGUGCUGGUGUCGCCCUCGACGCUGCUACUCGUGGCCUCAAAGUAGCUGUCGUCGAACGUGACGAUUUCAGCAGCGGCACGAGCAGCAAGAGUACCAAGCUGGUUCAUGGAGGUGUCCGCUAUCUCGAGAAAGCCGUCUGGAACUUGGAUUAUAAUCAGUACUUGCUCGUCAAGGAGGCCCUAAAGGAGCGCAAGUACUUCCUACAGACGGCACCUCAUCUGAGUUCCUGGCUACCCAUUAUGCUGCCCCUCGAUAAGUGGUGGAAAGCUCCCUAUUACUGGGCCGGUACUAAGUUCUAUGACUUUCUUGCCGGCAGUGAAGGCAUUGAAGGGUCUUACUUUCUGACUCGAAGUAAGGCACUUGAGGCCUUCCCCAUGCUUAAACCUACAGAUCUUGUCGGUGCUCUCGUGUACUACGACGGUGCACAUAACGAUUCGCGCAUGAAUGUUUCUAUCGCAAUGACCGCUGCCCUCUAUGGCGCAACUGUUGUCAACCAUGCUGAGGUCACAGGACUCGUAAAGAAUGGCGACGGAAACCUUUGCGGCGCCAUAGUCAAGGAUCUUGUUUCCGUAAAGGAUGGUCAACCAGCCAAGCCCAUAACUGUUCGUGCAAAGAGUGUCAUCAACUGUACGGGGCCUUUUACUGACUCUGUUCGAAAAAUGGACGAUCCAUGCUGCAAGGAAAUUGUGGCCCCAGCGUCUGGCGUUCACAUCAUCCUCCCUGGCUAUUUCAGUCCAGGAAAAAUGGGAUUGAUCGAUCCGUCGACGUCUGACGGCCGGGUCAUCUUCUUCCUCCCAUGGCAAGGCAACACUAUCGCAGGCACCACCGAUUCCCCUUCGACUAUCUCACCAAAUCCUCUCCCCGAUGAGAAGUCUAUCGAGUGGAUCCUGGGCGAAGUCAGCCACUAUCUUUCCCCAGAGAUAAAUGUUCGCAGAGGUGAUGUCCUCGCUGCCUGGUCCGGUAUUCGCCCGCUCGUCAAGGACCCGAAAGCCAAGAACACCGAGUCCCUUGUUCGAAAUCAUCUGAUUGAUAUCUCCGCUUCUGGAUUGUUGACUUGUGCAGGCGGGAAAUGGACAACCUAUAGGCAAAUGGCAGAGGAGUGCGUUGACUUUGCCAUUCAAGAAUUUCGCCUUGAGCCCCGGCCUGUUACAGAUGCGCCUCGUGUCAGCGGUACCGAUCUAAUUGACGAUGGGGCAAUAUUGGAUGGCAAAUGUCAGACGCACAAGGUUCGUUUACUUGGUGCUCACGGCUUUAGCCCGACACUAUUCAUCCCUAUUAUCCAGCACUUUGGGGUUGAGACUGAGGUCGCCAAACACUUGACCGAGUCCUAUGGUGAUCGUGCCUGGACUGUUGCCUCGCUUUGCAAGCUGACUGACAAGCGCUUCCCCGCCCGCGGAGAACGCAUCUCCCAGCUCUAUCCAUUUGUUGAUGGCGAGAUUCGAUAUGCUAUUCGACACGAGUACGCACAGACGGCCGUUGAUGUUCUCGCUCGACGCACGCGACUGGCCUUUCUCAAUGCACAGGCCGCCCUCGAAGCUCUCCCCAAGGUAAUAGACAUCAUGACUGAAGAGCUCAACUGGAGUCGUCAACGAAAGGAUCUCGAAUGGAAAGAAUCUAUUGCCUACUUAGAGUCUAUGGGUUUACCGAAGCCCAUGCUCGGUGUGACGCGUAAGCAAGUUGAGCAAGGAAAGCUGGACUUUGCCAGCUCGCUGGAAUGGCAGAUGUAUUCACGCCACGAUAAGCCGACCGACUAA